AUGACUUUAGCUACACAAUUUGCAGAAACAACUCGUCAUUCAGCAACAAAAGCAGAAUUAAGAACAAGAGUAUUACAUUUAUAUAGAAGGUUCAUAAGAAAUUCCCAUGAAUUUGCAGACUUGUACGAAUUAGAUAUGCCAGUAUCAACAAUAAAGACAAAAAUAAGACAAGAAUUUGAAAGACAAAGAUUUGUUCAAGAUUUAAAUGUUAGUAAUAUCUUAUACUUGAAAGGUCAAAUGGAGUUUCAAGAAUUGAUUAAUUUUUGGAAACAACAAUGUCAUGCUUUACAUUAUUUUCAAAAUAUAAAUGCUUAUAAUACUUAUGAUAAAAAUAAUUUUGUUAAAAAUUUUUUGAGAGGAAAUUGA